AUGCAUGAUUUGAAACCCCAGGAUGGUGAAUCAGAGAACCUUAAGCAUACGUCAAUUGGAAUGACUGAAUCAUUUACUAAAGAAAUAGGGAGCCAGUAUGGUAUAUUGUCUGGCUCCCGUGAUAAUUCUCUUUAUAAUGCUCUGUGGGUUGCACAAGCACUGCUGCGUAAAGGAUCUGCAAAAACAGCUGAUAAAAGAAUACUAUUGUUCACAAAUGAAGACAAUCCUUUUGGUAAUAUUAAGGGUGUCACGAAGAUGGACAUGACAAGGACAACAUUGCAGCGAGCCAAAGAUGCGCAAGAUCUUGGUAUCUCAAUUGAAUUACUUCCCUUAAGUAGGCCUGAUGAACAGUUUAAUGUAUCCCUUUUCUAUGCUGACUUGCUUGGAUUGGAGGGUAAUGAUCUUACUCAGUUUUUGGCAUCAGCAGGACAGAGGUGGGCUAUUUUUAGCCUUUUCAUUUGCAAGGUUUCCUUGAAUGAUCUUUAUGUCAUGCUCUAA